AUAUAGUCAUAGAGAGAGAGUGAUAGAGAGAGAGAAAUUACAGUGGGAGUAUAUUAUUUCUCUUUCUUUCUAGGUAGCUGCUGCCAUUGUUGUAGUUUUCUUGUGCAGUCUUUGUUUUUGCUCAUUCCCAAGCUAAUAAUAAGGCUUUUUUCCUUCCAUUAUUCAAGAAAACACACACACACAAAACCAAAGAAGAAAGAAUUCCAAGAAGCUAAUAAGGUGAAAAUGAUGAUAAUGAUUAUACAUGGUGUCAUACCCAUCCAAGCACUCAAAAACCCUCCAAUUUCUUCCCUUGUUUUCUUCCUUCAUCAUCAUCUUCUUGUUUUCCCCCCCACCAUGAUGUCAUCCUCCAAUGAUGCUCUCUCCUCCAUGAGAGCCUUCCUCCACAGCAGCAGCACCACCAGCAGCGCCGCCGCCCCGCAAGAUCCGGCGAACCCGAACCCGAACAAGCGGAAGCGGAACCUGCCCGGGAACCCAGAUCCGGACGCGGAGGUGAUAGCCCUGUCCCCCAAGUCGCUGAUGGCGACGAACCGGUUCGUCUGCGAAAUCUGCAACAAGGGGUUCCAGAGGGACCAGAACCUCCAGCUCCACAGGAGGGGGCACAACCUCCCGUGGAAGCUGAAGCAGAGGAACAGCAAAGAGGUGGUGAAGAAGAAGGUGUACAUCUGCCCGGAGAAGAGCUGCGUCCACCACGACCCGUCCCGCGCCCUCGGCGACCUCACCGGAAUCAAGAAACACUUCAGCCGCAAGCACGGCGAGAAGAAAUGGAAGUGCGAGAAGUGCUCCAAGAAGUAUGCCGUCCAGUCCGAUUGGAAAGCCCACAGUAAGAUUUGUGGGACUAGAGAGUAUAAAUGUGACUGUGGAACUCUCUUCUCCAGAAAAGACAGCUUUAUAACGCACAGAGCAUUUUGCGAUGCGUUGGCGGAAGAGAGUGCGAGAUUCACUUCGGUUCCGAAUCUCAACUUCCGGAACGACUUGCUCGGGAAUGCGGCGGCGCCGCCGCCGCACCAGUUCGGAUCUCAUGUUUUCCGGCAUCAAAACGACCUCAUGGUGGGAGUGGACGCCGCCGGCAGCCAGCAUCACCAGCUUGGCCUCGACGGGCAGAAGCCGAGGCUGCCCCUUUGGUUGGACCCCACCGCGAAUUCCCAUCACCAUCAUCAUCAACAUCACCAUGGCCAUCACCAUCUUGGGAAUGUGGCGACGGAGUUCUUGGGAUCUUCUAGCGGCGGCGGAGGUGGUGGUGGUGGGUUCGCCCACGAGCUCCUUCACAUGGCGGCGCCGAGCCACUGGUUCCACGGCGGGAGCGGCAGCACGUCUUCCUCUUCCCUGCCUCCGGUCUUGAAAGAGGAAGACGAGGGCAAGAUCAGUUCAAUGUUCUACAACCACCUCCAGGAAGCGGCGGCGGGGCCACCCCCGCCCCCAGCUCACAUGUCGGCCACCGCACUCCUCCAAAAAGCCGCCCAAAUGGGAUCGACCCGCAACAACAACAACAACAACAACUCGUUGUUCGGUAGCAACGAGUUCGGGUUCGUGGGGUCCACCAUUUCCGCGCUAGACAACUUCAAUUCAAGAAAUGAAGUCCAUCAUCAUCAUCAUCAUCCUCACCACCACCACCAGAGUCACCACAUGAAUGCGGCGUCAAUGACGGUUCCCAGCGACGAAAACCGCGGGAACGAUCACCACGGUUUGCUAUUGGGGGACAUAAGCUCCUCACCAAUUCCCAUGGUGGCCAAUGUGGAGAACUCUUCCUCCCCACAUGACCCUUUGCAAGGUGGUAACAAGGGCAAACACCUCAACAACAACCACACAAUGCCUAGUGGGAGUAAUAGUGAAGUAGCUGUUGAAGGGAGUUUGACUAGGGAUUUUCUUGGUGUUGGUGGCCAUGAGAGUAGACCCUUUUUCCAAACCCAUGACCUACCCAAGUUUUCCUCCCCUCCCACAAUGCCCUUAAGUGAUUACUCUCCCCACACCUAACAACACACACAAUUCCUAUUUUACUUCUCAGAGAUCUAAACCAUCAAAGUGUCGGUCCAAACAACACGGGGAGACCGAUCGAGAACACCGCGAUCGGUCGUGUUGCCAUACAAUUGGGUCCUAUUUCAUUGAAGAAGAGUUUGGUGGAAACACAAUGGGGAGGGAAUUUGAAUGAACUUUGAAGGGGAGGACUGGGGAGUCAAUUGAACAUAGCUUUCAAGAUCUUGUGAUGAAAUGUCAGAGGGAAGCAGCAGGUGGGUGU